ACAAGUGUGCAAGGGGACGCUUUCAUGUGAGGGACCUCUGCACGCGUCCACACGGUCUUCUACAGCUGAUUUAAGGUGAAGGUCAAGCUUUUGUUACACCUGCCUUCACCAAGGUGGAUGCAGGUAGCGAAGCCUCCAUCACAUGAGAUUGGAAAUCGGACAUAAGUUGGAAAAAUGGCUGGACUGAUCAAUUUCGAGGACGAAAACGAAGUGAAGCAGUUCUUGGAUAACUUAGGACUGGAGUACAGUUUCCAAUGCUACAAGGAGAAGGAUCCUGAAGGGUGUCAAAGACUUGCUGACUAUCUGGAAGGAGUGAAGCGAAACUAUGAGUCUGCAGCUCAAGUUCUCAAACACAAUUGUGAGACCAAUGGACACGCAGAGAGCUGCUACAAACUGGGAGCUUACCAUGUCACAGGCAAAGGUGGUGUCCCUGAGUGCCUGAAAACAGCCUACUCCUGCUUUAUCCGCUCCUGCGACACUGAAGGAAAGAAGUCUGUAGACGCCUGUCACAAUGUUGGCCUUUUAGCCCACGACGGACGGGCAAUGGAAGGAGGGCCCGACCUCACGGUUGCUCGGAAGUACUACGCCAAGGCCUGCGAUGGGGGCUUUGCCCCCUCCUGUUUUAACCUCAGUGCCCUUUUCAUUGAGGGCAAAUCCAAAGGGCUGGAACCAGAUAUGACUCUAGCUUUGAAGUAUGCCAACAGAGCCUGCGAGCUGGGCCAUGUGUGGGGUUGUGCCAACGCUAGCCGAAUGUACAGACUUGGGGAUGGCACAGAGAAGGAUGAAAAGAAAGCAGAGGAGCUGAAGAACCGAGCGAAGGAGCUGCAUGGUCUAGAGAAGGAAAGACAACUUAAAUUUGGGGAGUGAUUUGAGAGCGCCCGUGAAUUCAUCACAUUGUUGCAUAAGUAAAAAGAAAACCAAGGCUAAUGGUUGAAAGUUUGGCAAUUGUAUUUUUGAAUGAAUUGGUUUGACUUCUGUUUUUAAAGUCUGAACAGAAAGAUUG